AUGAACUGUUGGGUGUGCGUGCUGCUGCUCCUCGUUGGGGUAAGGAGGGGCACGGCAAACGUAGUGGAGGAUGAUAUUUUCUACCAGAAGGGGGAAGUGGACAAACUUACCUUCUCCCUUGAUCACCGAGUAAGAGAUAAGUCCAUGAACGAAAUUCUGGAAUACACAAAUGGGGAAAAUGCCUAUGCAUAUGUAGACAAGGAAAUUGCAAAAGUAUUUACGCUAACCUCAGAAACGGAAAUAAAAAAUUUUUUUUCUCUGAACAAAGAUUUGAAAACAUGUGAUUAUUUAAUCGCAAAGGGAUCCUUAAGAACGGACGUGAAAAAUAACAAGUGUUACAAGAAGAUCUUCUGUGGAGUUAUUCCUCACACUAAAUACAUACAAGGGGGGUCCAAGAGCAAAAGGGGAAACGACAUAAUCCAUUGCGCCUACAUGAAUGACACACACAUGCUUAUUUACCACGUGGGGAAGCCACAUCUAUUGAAGCCAAACGUUAUGUACCAAGAAAUAUUUUUCCAGGAUAGUGAAAAGGGUGUUAUCAAUUGUCACGCCAUGAAAAUUAGCCUCAGGUAUGUAGGAGUCCACACGAAUGGUAAUAACAAUUGCAUACAGGACCACCUGCAGGAUCAUCUCCGAAAUUUAUGUAAUGGGAAAAAGUCCUGUGAAAUUGACUUUAGAAUAGUGAAGCAGGGGGACUGCAUCUUGGGGUCCAAUUUCCUCAUCCACGUUAACUACGAAUGCAUAGAUAGCUGUAACCCGAAACAGAAUCAAACAUGUGACAUUUACAAUGGGGAGGGACGCAGAGCAACUUGCACUUACGGGUAUAACAUGGUGCCGCGUUAUAAGGACUUUUGUGAGAAGAACUACACGUGUGGUAAUAGCAUAUGUUCGGUAAACGAGUUUUGUGACGAGGCAACCAAAUCGUGUGUGUGCAAAACAUCCCUCGUUCCGGUGCAGAUGACAAAAUGUUCAUACAACAACGUGUGUGACGCGAUUAAAUGUCCUGCAAACUCCACUUGUGUUAUUAACGGAAAUUCGAAAAAAGCAGAAUGCAAGUGCAAUGAUGAUAAAUACCUAUACAAAAAUGCAUGCUACAAGAUAGAAGAAUUGGAGAAACUCAUAGAGGCACAAACUACUCCUCAUCACAAACCAUACAAAAAUGCACUCUUCGUUCGUUCAGCUUUAAGGCCUGAACAUAUUUAUAUGCAUUGUGAGGAUGGCUACUCUAUCGAGGUGGUCAACGCAACUCUCUCUUGUUACCACGUCCAGUUCAAGGAGAACAAAAUUAAAUACAUCACUGAUAUAUUGCGGGGGGCUUGUAACGGCAGGGGUAGGUGCGCCUUUGGCAACAGUGUGGAUGAGAUCCCCCCCCUAGACCCGUCUAAUACGUGUGGCACGAAGGGAACUAUCUAUCAGUACGAGUAUGUGUGUGUGGGUGCAACAGGGGGGGGCACUCCUUCGCUAUUGUUACCGCAACCAGUGUUGGCACAACGGGGGCGUGGUCCCUCCAUAAGUAGCUAUACCAAGGAGAAGGGUGCAAUUUUUAGGAGCAGGUUCAACAGCCAAAUAGAAUGUCCAGGAGGAUCUAUAACAGUAAACAGGGCUCUGUUAAAAGCGGGAGACGGUUGCGAAGAUCUCGACUUAACUAAAUCAGUUAAGGAGUACUGUGACCAGCUGAGUUCCUGUGACAUAGGAUUAACGCACCACUUUGAUACGUACUGCAAGAGUGAUCAGUACCUGUUCGUGCACUACACUUGUGCGGACCUGUGCAAAACAUGUGCCCCUAAUUCGUCUUGCUACGGGAAUAAGUAUAAAUAUAAGUGCUUAUGCGAUAGUCCCUACUUGAUUAGAAAUAAUCAUGCCAUUUGUGAAGCACGAGAUACAUGCACUACCCGAACAUGUGGAGAACACCAGACUUGCAAAAUGGUUAACAACAAAGCGAUAUGCAUAUGUGCAGAUAAAUACAAAAAUGUGAAUGGGGUGUGUGUACCGGAAGAGAAGUGUGACCUUCUGUGUCCCUCCAAUAAAUCAUGCUUAAUAGAAAAUGGGAAGAAAAUAUGCAAAUGUAUUAAUGGGUUGACAUUAGAGAACGGAGUUUGUGUCUGCUCGGAUGAGAACCAAAUUGAGGGAGGAGAUUUAUGUGUACCGAAAAAUAAAUGCAAACGGAAGGAAUAUCAAAAUGUGUGCACAAAUGAGAAGGAACAAUGUGUAUAUGAUGAAAAGAAAGACAUUGUGAGGUGUGACUGUGUGGAUCACUAUGAGAAGAACGAACGAGGAAUUUGUAUCCCAGUCGAGUACUGCAAAAAUGUCACCUGUAAGGAAAAUGAAAUUUGCAAAGUUGUGAACAAUACACCCACGUGUGAAUGUAAGGAAAAUGCAAAAAGGAAUAGUAUGAACGAAUGUAUAUUCAAUAAUUUGUGUCUUAUUAAUAAAGGGAACUGUCCCCCUGAUUCAGAAUGUAUUUAUCACGAAAAAAAAGAACAUGAGUGUGUGUGUCAUAAGAAGGGGCUCGUCGCUGUUAAUGGAAAGUGCGUCUUGGAGGACGUGUGCAGGACUGAUCAGAAUAAGUGUCCCGAACAUUCCAUAUGCGUAAAUCAAGUAAAUAAAGCACCACUGUGCAUAUGUCUGUUUAACUAUGGAAGAAGUAGAGCGGGCCUCUUCACGCAGGGGGCCCAAAUGUGCAUGAUGAAUAACCCCUGCCUCACCAAUAACGGGGGGUGCUCGCCAAACGAGGUUUGCACACUUAAGAAUAGAAAGGUGGUUUGUUCCUGCGGGGAAAAUUACCGACCCAGGGGGAAGGAAGAUCAGAUGGGCCAACUGGGUCGAGUGGGUCAAAUGGGUCGAAUGGAUCGAAUGGGUCAGAUGGGCCAACGGGGACAACGGGGAAAACUGACCCAACCAGCCCAUCUAGCCCAACUAGCCCAACCGGGACAGGCGCACCCACCAGAAGAUAACGCCUGUGUACCCAAAGCGUCUGACUUGGACCAAACCUUCACCUUCCAAUACAACGACGAUAUGGCCAUCGUUCUCGGAUCCUGCGGAAUCAUCCAGUUUGUACAAAAGAGUGGUCAAAUCAUAUGGAAAAUUAGCAACAGCAAUAACUUUUACAUUUUUAACUAUGAGUAUCCAUCUGAGGGUAAGUUGCAGGCCCAAAUUGUUAACAACCAGAGGAGUAGCAUUUUGUACGUAAAAAAAAGGCAAGGGGGAAAAGUGCUCUAUGCCGAUUUUGUGUUGGCCCAUGAGGGAUGCUCCUAUGGAAACAUGUUUCUUUACGGUCACUCGACGAUGGCUUAA